CUUUAUCGCUUUCUCUCUCUCAACUGUGAAAUUCCCCUCCUCUCUCUCUCUCUCAGUCACUCUCAGAUGUAGUAUAUACAUACAUAUAUGUGUAUAUAUAUAUAUCUGUGCACUUGACUAAGAGGAGCUGAUUCUCUCUCUCUCUCUCGAGCAUUUCCUGAAUAUAUACAAGCCUCCUUUUACCCGUACCAGUCAUGUUGUAGGCACCAUCUUCUCUCUCCAAAAAAACCCGGUUAGGAAACGAUCGUGGUUGUUUCUCACUCUCCGAAACCCUCGCUCAAAAAUCCUAUUCUGUUUCGCAUUUUUUAUCCUCCUAGUUUUCUUGGAGUAGGGGUUACGACUCUUAUAUAUAAGGUGGGGAAAUCCUGUUCUUAUUGACUAAAAGCAUGGACAUGGGAGGAUACAGGAACAAAUUAACAAAAUUAGAACACGACACAGCAGGAUACAAGCACAAAUUAUAUAUAUUUGUGUAGAAAAGGAAAUAUUACUGAAUUGAGAUCUUGCAAUUUUGGAUAAUUGAUGGCACCUAAUCCAAAAGUUUUGAAGGCCUUCAGUGCAAUGAAGGUAUUGGGCAUUCCUACAGAAACUGUGAAACCGGUGCUCAGGAAUCUUCUGAAGUUGUAUGAUAAUAAUUGGGAACUCAUUGAGGAGGAUAGCUACCGUACUCUUGCUGAUGCUAUAUUUGAGUGCACAGAUGAUAAGAGAAGGGAAGAUAAGAAGAAAAGUGCAAUGGAGCAUGAUGGGCCAGAACCUCCACUAAAAAAAUUGCACUUGGAACAGCAGGAAGAUCAGGUUUCAUCUACAAUGGAUAAUGCGAACACCGUGUUGGGUUUAGAAGAGGGUGAAAAACCCCAAACUUCAAUUGUCCCAAAACUGAUGGAAUCAUCUCAAUCGUGUUCCAAAGAUAUAAAAAUUGGAUCUAGUUCUCAUUCCCUUCCAGAAGCUGUUAGUAACAAAGGGAAGGACCCUAUGUCCCUGCAUUUGGCCACCAAAUUCACAAAAUCAUCUUCUGAGAGGGCAUCAUCUGCUUUGCUUUCUAAUCAGACAAGGGAUGGAGCUGCUUUUGACCAUAUGCUGAGAAAAAAGAAGCAUAAAGAUUGUCGUGGUGAAGAUUUUGUGGUGCCUAAACGAAAGAAAUCUGUUAAUGAUGUGCCAGCUCUUCCAGGUACACUGGAGGGUUCUUCAAUUGGAAAUAGUUCUAUCAAAGAGUUAGUGUCUCCAUGUGACAAUAAGGACAACCAAGCUGAUGCUUCGGCUUGCAAUCCUGGGACAACCUCUCCAAAUAAUUUUGAGAUUGCUUCAUCGCUCUCUGGAGAUGUGAAAAUUUCUUUGAACUGUAACUCUGCCCUUGGACAAACUAACUUCCACGCUCCAAAUUUAGACACUGUCCUGAAAUUUGUGGAGAAUAAAUAUCUACGAUCAUACAAAAUUGUUGCGUUUCAGUUUUCUGUGUUGAAGUUAUUGAAAGACUUUUGUGAAAGUUAUUUAGAACUAGGUACUGAUUCCACUGACAGAUCUUUAAUCAAAAAGGAAGCAAGCUGUUCGGAAUCUACAAAUUCAUGUGGUUUGGUGGUUACUCAGCAGCAAGCUACCAGUCAUGAUAGGAAAAGGACUUCUCGUAAAAUAAAUGACAUAACAAAAGGAACAGAAAAGGUACGGAUUUCAUUGAUUGAUGAUACUGGCAAUGAGCAUAUACCAAAAUUCGUGUACAUAGCUCAGAACAUAGUUUAUCAGAAUGCAUACAUCCAUUUCUCAUUGGCUAGAAUUGCGGAUGAUGAUUGCUGUUCAAGAUGUUUAGGGGAUUGUCUUUCCUUAUCUAUACCUUGUGCAUGUGCUCGUGAUACUGGGGGAGAGUUUGCCUACACACCCCAAGGCCUUCUAAAGGAAGAAUUUCUGAAAGCUUGUAUUUCUAUGAAUCGAGAGCCACAAAAGCAUUACCAUUUUUAUUGUGAAGAUUGCCCAUUGGAGAGGGCUAAGAAUGGGAUCAGGCCUGCACCAUGCAAGGGCCAUUUGGUGAGGAAGUUCAUUAAAGAAUGCUGGCGGAAAUGUGGCUGUAACAUGCAAUGUGGAAAUAGAGUUGUGCAGAGAGGUAUUACCUGCAAGUUGCAGGUGUUCUUGACAAAUGACGGUAAAGGCUGGGGUGUUAGAACACUCCAGGACUUGCCUAAAGGUUCUUUUGUGUGCGAAUACGUUGGGGAAAUUUUAACGAACAUGGAACUGUAUGAGCGUAAUAAGCAAAGCAGUGGCAAUGAGAGACAUACAUACCCAGUGCUACUUGAUGCAGAUUGGGGUUCGGAAGGAGUUCUAAAGGAUGAAGAUGCACUUUGUUUGGAUGCAACAUUUUAUGGAAAUGUUGCUAGGUUUGUAAAUCACAGAUGCUUUGAUGCAAACUUGCUCGAGAUACCAGUCGAAGUGGAGUCUCCUGAUCACCAUUAUUACCAUCUUGCCUUUUUCACUAAAAGAAAUGUGGAUGCUUUGGAAGAACUGACUUGGGAUUAUGGGAUUGACUUCGAUGAUCAUAAUCAUCCUAUUAAGGCAUUUCAGUGCUGUUGUAGAAGUGCAUUUUGUCGAGACGUGAGAGGAAAAGGAACCACGUCAAGUGCCAUCAGAUGAACAACUACUAGGAGAGUGAAACCAUGCGCAAGUUCUGAAUGCCAAUAAUGACCAUUUUUGAUCUUCGGCUGCUAUGCUAUAUUGUAUAUGAUGAUACAGUAAUUAGACCAUCAUCUUUGGUAUAGUAUAUACAGAAGGUUGGUGAAGUACGUGAAUUCAUUCUGGCAAUUUUUUGUAGGUACAAAAGAAAUAUUUUUAGGUAAUUCAGUUGGUUGUUCCAAGUUUCUUUUGCA